AUGUUGCUGAUCAUUGAAGCUCUUCUCAUUUUAGCUACUCUAGGACAGGAUCACAGAACUGCUGCUUCUGAAGGACACAUAUUUCCACUGGAUAUGGCACUGAAUUCUGUUGAUGAUGAAUAUGACGGUUGUACAGAGAACAUGACACAACAGGUGGAGACAAAAUAUCUGAAGAGGGAGCUCAACAGCUCUGAAUCUGAUUUUAAAGGAUCUUGGCAAUAUUGUGAAAAAAAUUCUACAAAUCCAGAACAUAACAUGACAAAGAAUCAUUCAAUCGCCAUUUGUGUGUACACAGACAGAAAAGUCUAUGGUGUUUUUAAUAAUGACACUCGUUACGGUAAACAAAACUACACAAACGACACAUACAAAUGGUAUUCACUUCACUUUCUGUUAGCAAAAGCAAUACAGAUUCUAAAGGAAACACAAGAUGAAUGUAUUCUAACUUAUCGUAAUACAAAUGUUAGAUUUAAUGAGAGUGUAAAGAACACAACAGUUCGUUUUGGUCAAUUUGCAUCUUCCUCCUAUAAUCUUAACAGAGCUAAGUUUUUUGGAAAUGUAUCUUGUUUCGAGAUCUACACUUGUUACGGUGCAAAUGUGACAAAAUAUUCUAAGCUUCCUCGUGAGCAAGAGGUGCUGAUUCCUCCGUAUGAGAUGUUUAAUGUCACUGAUGUCAAGUCAAUAAGAGAUUUUAAAAAUCUUAGGUGUGAAACUGUAUACACUUUAAAUAGCACUGGAACACAAAGCGACCUGAACUGUGCUCUAUUCACGAGACCACGUUCAUAA